AUGCAAAUACAGGCGCGGCGGGACGUGCAAGUGCUCAAGGCGGACGUCGACAUGCUGGGAGACGCGACGUUCCGAGACCGCCACGUCCAGCGCCUCACGGACGAGUUGGCGUGUGAACGCAACCGCGUCAAGGCGUUGGAGAUAGAAAUGCUCGAUCUGCGGGUCAAGCAAGCCGACUUGGCCAAGGGAGUGCUGCAAAAGCACUCGCUCGUGCAUCGAUUUCGCAGCACCGUUCAAAAGCCAACGGCUGCUUACACUGAAGCUCAUGCCUCCGCUGCCAUGUCGACCGAUUCGUUCGCAGACGAAGCCCCGCUGCUCCCCUCCGCUGACGACAAGGUCGCGACCCCCCACUCGAGCCUUUUACCGGCCGUUCAAAGCGCCCGCCACACGUUCAAAGUCAUGGCGAACCUCGACAUCAAGCUCAGUGACAUGCUAUCGCCUCCUAAAAAACGGUCGCUGUCCGCCACGGCCCGUGUCACACAAGCCGUGGUGAAGCUCAAGGCGAAGCUUCAGCACAAGACUCUGGUGGACAACGCGCCUGUUCCCGUGGAGCUGGUGGAGCUACGCCGUCGCAUGAACGUCCUGUACGACCGGAAGCGCCAGCUGGACGAGUUCGCGGCGCUGGCAUCCAGCCAUCCCCGUCCUGGCCCGAGUUUGACCUUUGCGGAACUCGUCCUCGGGUGGUUCGUGGCCAAAUACUCGACGCUCCAAGACGCUGAAUCGGAAGCCAAGGCAUUUAUGGCUGGACUCAGUCGCUUUCGCAGCGUUUGCGGUCACGUGUGGCUCAUGGAGGAGUUCCUCCACGGAAAACACCCGGACGAAGUCGUGUCGUUCUACCUGUGGGUCGUCCAGGGCGUCCGGGACAUUCACAUAGGGGCGCGGUGCCCCAUAACCGCCACCGAUACCCACCCCCAGUUCAUUUGCAAGUUCAAGGCCUCGCUUCUCACCCGCACCAUCUUUCGCGUGCUACGCUUUCGCACGUGCGGGUUCGGAAGUACCGACCGCGGAACGGCCGUCGCGCGCGACGACACGUUGGAGGUGAUGGCGGACUGCGGACGGUUGUUUGCGGCGGCGGCGGCCGGCGGGCCCAUGUAUUUAGGCGAAUUCCACGCCAUAUUGGACCAAUUUGUGACCAAAGGGAACGGUGAGAACGACGAAAUGUACCCGCUGGAUGUGUACUUGUACCUGUUGGUGCUGCUAUUCAAGAAGCAAAAUGAGUGGCAUGUGGCGCACUUGGUGGAGCAGUUCCGCCACCACGCGGCGGACGCGCACAAGGAAGAGAUGCGGCGCCAGGCGGCGCUGCUGGCCGCCCCCAAGAACCGCGGGUCCAAUCCGGACAACAAACCCAAGAAGAAGAAAAAAGCCAGCGCUUUGUCCAAGGGUGCCAUGACCAAAGAAGUCUUUGGGGCGUUCGUGGCCAAGUUGGAUCUGGUGCGGUCCCUUGGAGACAUCCAGGAAGUGACGGCGCUCGUCGUGCGCAGUCGGCGCGAGUACGACAGCGGCGGCAUCACAUCCGAUGCGUUUAUAGCUGCGGCGCACGCUAACCACUGGUUUGCGCUCGAGUUUGCCACGCGCAUGUCGUUGCGACACGAGUUGCACGAUGUCACAGACGACCACGACAAGGCAACGAGGCAGUUGGCGUCGACGUGGAAUCUCCACCUGAGUCGGCUCACUAUUCACGGCGAGUGCGAUAAGAACGUUUUUGUUUCACGGUAUGUGGUACAGCUGCGACAGCGCGUGACACUGGCACUGCACGACCAAAAAACUCUAUCGCACAAGUCGAAUCCCCACACAAUUCUCGCGCUGUGUCGGGAGCUCCUGCGCUUCUCGUGGCAGUUGGCCGUGCUGCGAAGCCACGGGAACGGCUUCACCAAGCCCGACGACGACGACGACGAUGCUACUGAUGUCAUGUCCGUCUCCACUCUGGACAUGACUCGGUCCAGCGAGCUCAUUCUGAUCGCCAAGGGCGUCUGCAGCCUUCCGGCGGCGGACGGUUCGUACAAACCCAGCGACGGAUCGAUUGAUUUGGAGCAUGGCCUCGAUGAUUUGCACCCAUUUACAUGUAUCCACAUGGCGAAUGUCGGCGAUUUAUUUCCCCACGGGACGCCGACGUCGAUGCAAUCGUCGGAAAGUGUGGAACUGCAUCGCAUAUUGCAGCGGUAUGCGUGGCAUGUGUGCGAAGUGUACCGGUCAUACUCGCUCGUGUGCAAUGCGACAACGUUUGGACUGACCUUUGCUGCGUUUCAAGAGCUCGUGCACGACUUGGCGAUCGUCACGCCUCACUGCACCAUCGUGCACCUGAACGCGGUGUAUCAACAUGUGGUUUCGUCGAACAUUAUUCUAGACAACCGGACAGAUCAACACACAAAGCUGCAGACGGAUGACAAGGUCAUGAACGACACGUUCGUGGAACUGCUGCUCCGGCUAGCGGUCGAGCGGCAUACACGAGAGGGUCGAGUGGCCAUGCCGAGUCCGACGCAAGCAGACGACGACCGACGGAUCUCCCGGAUAUUCGACCACUUUGUGACCGAGUACCUCCUGCCCAACGUGUGCCAGGCGGCCAACCACACGUUUCGCCAAGAAGUGGCGGCGUUGGACGUCCAGCGACUCCUGCUGCACCACCGGAGGUUCCUUCGACGUGUGUUUCUGCAUUAUGCCAAGCAAGAUGCGCUGGAUGUGGAGAGGUCCAAGAUGAACUUUGGCGAGUUUCAGACGUUCGUGUCCGAGUUCCAACUCAACGACGACGCGCUGUUUCCCCCGGCCAUGACGCUGCUCGUGUUCAAUGCCGUCCAGGACGACGUGGACGAGCGCCAAUGCGUCUUCCAUGAGUUCACGACGGCGAUCGUCGCUAUCGCGCAAAUGAAGAACAACAAUCCGUUCCUCAAGUGGAGGCGGAAGGCUGACGAGUUCAUCGGCCGCCUCGUCGACUUUGCGCACGCAAACCUUCGUCCACAGCUUUUGUCAUGA